AUGUCUGGCUCCAACAACACCACCGUCUACGGCGGAGACGAAAUCAAUGCUAUCGUCCUCGAUCCAGGUUCCUUUCAUACCAGAAUCGGGUAUGCGGGAGACGACUUUCCCAAGGUAGUGACCUCGUCGUGCUAUGCCUCACCUACGGAUGAUGCCAUGACAGACUCAACAAGCUCAUCCAGAAUCUUUGGAGAGGCUAUUAACGUGCCACGUGCCAACUACAAGGUGAGUCCUAUCCUCAAAGACUCGAUCAUCGAGGACUGGGAUGCUGCUGUCGACCAGUACUCCCACUACUUCAAGACUAUUCUCAACAUCGAGUAUCCAGAACACCCUCUUUUGGUCACAGAACCGGUGUGGGCCGAGCACAGCUACCGCAAGACCAUGGUGGAAAACUUCUAUGAGCACUUCGACUUUGCUGCGCUCUACUUGGCUAAGGCUCCUACAUGCAUCUCGUUCCAGCAGGGGAGAUCCAACUGUUUGGUGGUGGACAUUGGCCACGACUCGGUCAGCGUGACGCCUGUGAUCGACGGGAUCUCGUUGUUGAAGAACUCGAUGCGUACACAUUACGCAGGCCAGUUCUUGUCCGACCAGGUCAAGGAUUUUGUGGACUCCAAGCAAGGUUUGGCUGUCCAGAGCACCUAUAAGGUCCGCAGCAAGACUCCGACCGUGUACCCCGAGGCAGCACAGUACCAGGAGCGCGACGUGACACAGGUGACCACCUCCUUCGACGAGUACCAGCAGGCCAAGGUGUGGCACGAGUUCAAAGAAACGGUGUUUGAGAUUCCCGAAAAGUCGUUGACCAGUCCCAACCCGCAGACAUCCAACCUCAAGGAGUUCUACUCGCUGGAAGUACACAGACGCAUGUUCGAGUUCCCCACUGGCCAGUCGGUGCCGUUGGGAUUCGAGCGGUUCCAGUUGGCUGAGUCCAUUUUCGACCCAGUGUCGUACAAAUUCCACACCCAGGAGUUGGCUGACAAGUAUCCUGCCAACAACGGUGAGUUGAAGUUCUCCAACCUCUACGACGACUACAAGCCCAUCAAGCGGAUGCGCAAAGCCGAGUCCAGUCAGUCGACUCCCACGCCAGCCGGUUUUGGUGCCAGCACCACUACUGAAGCACGGGGAUUGUCUCAGUUGAUCACCCACACGCUCUCGACCAUCGACAUUGAUCUCCGUGCCUCAGUGGCCCACAACAUCAUUGUGACGGGUGGACUGUCGUUGAUUCCUCAGCUCACUGAGAGGCUCUACAAUGAGUUGUGCACUGCCAAUCCGGGGUUGAAAAUCCGGCUCCACGCGGCAGGAAACUCGUCAGAAAGAGUCAACCAGGCAUGGAUCGGAGGCAGUGUAUUGGCGUCCUUGGGGACGUUUCACCAGAUGUGGGUGUCGAAGGAGGAGUACGAGGAGGCAGGAGCCGAGAGAAUUUUGAACCAGCGAUUCAGGUAG